UUCCACAGGGAAAAAACUAAAUAAAUCUAGUACUACUUUAAGUAAAAAUAUAAUUGACAUAGAUCUUUUCGUAAGAUAAUUCUUUAACAUUUUAUUUCUCUAAAAUAUAUCAAUUGGUUGUUGUAUCAGUACGACGAAAAUCUUGAAAUUAAUAUGGCAACGUUAGAGGAUAAAUCGAUUUGGGAAGACGGCGAGGAGACACUUCGUGAAGAAGUACUUCGCAUGUCAACAGAUGAAAUAGUGUCUCGUACUCGACUUUUAGAUAAUGAAAUUAAAAUAAUGAAGAGUGAAGUAAUGCGUAUUUCGCAUGAAUUACAAGCUCAGAAUGACAAAAUUAAAGAAAAUACUGAAAAAAUUAAGGUAAACAAAACCUUACCGUAUCUAGUAUCCAAUGUGAUAGAAUUACUUGAUGUUGAUCCACAAGAUAUGGGUGAAGAAGAUGGAGCAGUGGUCGAUUUAGAUGCUCAAAGAAAAGGAAAAUGUGCUGUGAUAAAGACUUCGACACGUCAAACUUACUUUCUUCCAGUUAUAGGACUCGUUGAUGCCGAGGCAUUAAAACCAGGUGAUCUUGUUGGAGUUAACAAAGACAGUUAUUUGGUCUUAGAAACACUUCCCGCAGAAUAUGAUGCCAGAGUUAAAGCAAUGGAAGUCGAUGAGCGUCCUACGGAGCAGUAUUCAGAUAUCGGCGGUCUUGACAAGCAAAUUCAAGAAUUAAUCGAAGCUGUAGUUCUGCCAAUGACUCAUAAGGAAAAAUUCGAAAACCUAGGUAUUCAACCACCUAAAGGAGUUUUACUGUAUGGUCCUCCAGGUACAGGAAAAACAUUGUUAGCUAGAGCUUGCGCAGCUCAAACAAAAUCUACAUUCUUAAAAUUAGCUGGACCACAAUUAGUGCAAAUGUUUAUCGGUGAUGGAGCAAAACUUGUCAGAGAUGCAUUUAGCCUUGCAAAGGAAAAAGCUCCAGCAAUUAUUUUUAUCGAUGAACUUGAUGCUAUUGGUACCAAGAGAUUUGAUUCAGAAAAAGCCGGAGAUCGUGAAGUACAGAGAACAAUGUUAGAACUUUUGAAUCAAUUAGAUGGCUUUAGUUCUACAGCUGAUAUCAAAGUUAUUGCAGCAACGAAUCGUGUUGAUAUUUUAGAUCCUGCUUUAUUAAGAUCAGGCAGAUUAGAUAGAAAAAUUGAAUUUCCACAUCCAAACGAAGAAGCGAGAGCAAGAAUUAUGCAAAUUCACUCAAGGAAAAUGAAUAUGUCUCCGGACGUUAACUUUGAAGAACUUGCCAGAAGUACGGAUGAUUUUAACGGAGCACAGUGUAAAGCUGUCUGCGUCGAAGCGGGUAUGAUUGCCUUGAGACGCAAUGCUACUGCUUUGACGCAUGAAGAUUUGAUGGAAGCAAUUAAUGAAGUACAAGCUAAAAAGAAACCGAACCUUAGUUAUUAUGCCUAAACUACAAAUAUUUGUAUUUAUUAAG